UCUUCGUCGUUGUUGUCGUCGUCUUCACCAUCGUCGUCGUCAUCGUCAUCAUCAUCAUCAUCAUCAUCAUCAUCAUCAUCAUCAUCAUCAUCAUCAUCAUCAUCAUCAUCAUCAUCAUCAUCAUCAUCAUCAUCAUCAUCAUCAUCAUUUUGCGUUGUCAUGUUAUGAAACUUUAAAUCGUAAAGCUGACUAUAACUUCACCUAAUUUAUAAGCCUUGAUUUCCAGUCAAGUAGUUUCACUCGUCUUCAAGUAAUACAUUGAUUUAUUACCGACUAUAUUCAGUUUUAUAAUACCAUUUUAUUUCCUGAAGCUAUUUAUUAAACAUUUGUACCGCUUAUCCGUACCAUGGGAAGACUUAGGAGAAGGAAAGGUAGUUUGUUAUCAAAGCAGUCAAACUCCGCUUUACAGACACCUGCUUAAUACCGACACCUCAUUAUUACGGACAGUUUGCCGUGUCCCUGUCAAAACAAACCCUUACAUUUUCUCUCAAUUCAACCCCCCUUAAUACCGACACCCCGUUAAAACAGACACUCUCUAUGGCCCCCUCAGUGCCGUCCCAUAUCAACGGUCUUUGACUGUAUAUCCUUACAUGCUUGAUCAAAAUCUCCCCUAUCCUUUCAUCCUUUCUUGAAAAACGGUAUUCAUGAUAAAAUAUAUUCAGUGGUAAACAGCGAUCAGGCGUUACUGUCUAUUGUCGCGUUGUGUUAUUUAUUUUGUAUUAAAAAGUUACCUUCAAACCCCGUUAACACGGACACUGAGGGGGCCAUAGAAAGUGUCCAUAGUAAUGGGAUGUCCGGGGGGGGGGUUCAAACCCCGUUAACACGGACACUGACGGGGGCCAUAGAAAGUGUCCAUAUUAAUGGGGUGUCCGGGGGGGUUCAAACCCCGUUAACACGGACACUGAGGGAGCCAUAGAAAGUAUCCAUAUUAAUGGGGUGUCCGGGGGGAGUUCAAACCCCGUUAACACGGACACUGAGGGGGCCAUAGAAAGUGUCCAUAUUAAUGGGGUGUCCGGGGGGGUUCAAACCCCGUUAACACGGACACUGAGGGGGCCAUAGAAAGUAUCCAUAUUAAUGGGAUGUCCGGGGGGUUCAAACCCCGUUAACACGGACACUGAGGGGGCCAUAGAAAGUGUCCAUAUUAAUGGGGUGUCCGGGGGGGUUGAAUUAAGAGAAUCAGGGAUAGAAGCGGAAUCAUGAAUCAUGAAUCAUAGUUACAAAACAUUUAACAGUCAUGAAUCUUUGUUUUAAAAACUUGGGAAUCAUGAAUCUUUGUACUUCGGCUCGGGAAUCGUGAAUAACGAAACUCUGAGAAAAGCUCAACAAAAUACACGUAUGAAUUAAUUGCGUUCGAUCCAGGGAAUGCAGGAUAUGGCUUUUACGAGAGUCCAAUUUUGAAAAAUUUUCCCGGGGAACAUGCCCCUGGACCCCUCUAUAUAAUUCGUGUAAUCGGGGCUGACAUUCCGCUUGUUUCUCCAAUAACCUUGUGCUUAAUGUUCAGUGACAAAAAAACUCCAUGCCAAGACAAAAUCUGAAUUCUUGUCGGAAUCAUGAAUCACUGAGGCAAAAACGACAGGAAUCGUGAAUAUCGAGAUUCAAAUGAUUCCGCUUCUAUCCCCGAUAAGAGAAAAUUUAAGGGCUUUCUCACACCCCAGGGACAAAGCAAACUGUCCGUGACAAUGCUGUGUCCGUAUUAAGCAGUUGUCCGUAAAGUUGGCUUUGGCUGUAUUCAUGAGUUUUCCAUGUUGUGACAGAGCAACAGCUUAAUUCUCAUUCGUUAUUUACGAAAGUGAAUGUACAGUGUAGAUAAUUGUCAAAGGUACUUCCCCGAAAGGAAAUAACAGACAGGAAGUGUUUUCAAACAUAUCUUUCACUUUCGGUGAACUAAUCUCGACCUUUUGUUGACCUUCUGCAGGUACCUGAUAUAUGUCGCUUCCCGUUCCACACGAGAAACCGAAAUGAAGAAACGAAAACUUAUUGUAGCGAUUGUGAUUCGGAUACAUUUAUGAAUGAAGUUGUGGUUGGUACAUCAUACGGUCUAAAACUUAACCACCAAAGCGUCAUCAGUGAAAACGUCACGGAAGUGACUCAUUCGCGCUGUUUUAAAUUUCAUUCGCCAUUUUUACAUCUCCCAUAAUACACUUUUUUGGCACCUCAAAAGUUUGCAUAAUCUCUGUUUUUAAUUUCUCCUGGGUAUUUCAGUGGCCCCAAGAGAAAACAAUGGGGAUAAACGAGGUGUAUUAUGGGAGAUGUGCAAAUUGCGAAUCUUAGCCUGCGAACGUAGCAUUUCCGGUCGUCACUUCUCUCUCUUAAGCAAGAAUUGUUUCUGCUAACGUUUCGUUAUAAAAAAAAUAUGAAUUUAACAGAUUCACGUAAAAUUUUUUUUCUGUAAGUAAGAGUUAUUUCUGCUAAUGUCGGAGACUGACUUCGAGAAGUUUUGAUGGUUAUUGUUUGCUAUUUUUGACUCCUAAAUAAACGGUCGUCGAAAUCCCCACACAAACUCGAGAACAACACUUCUUGCACUAGCUCUACCCGAUGUUUUGUCACGUGAUUCAUGUGAGAUCACGGGACAUUUUUCAUUACUUGAGGAAGUCCGCAAAGCAUUAUCGUCCCCAGAUCCGCGAUCUUUUUGCGGGUGGCACUGGCCAAACGGAUCACAGUCUGCGAUGCUUAAAAGGGGUGCAAGUAACCGGACUGUGACAAGAAGUCUUUGGUGUCGGAUUCAUUACGUCGUAAAAGUUACCUUACACUACCUUCUGUUACAUCGCUUCGAGAUUCGUUCUGUCUUGGAACUUUUGCGCACGGCUUUAUUAUGCUGCCCUCUCGCGAGGCUGCUCGUUGGCAUUAAGCAGGCUCAACUUUGUCGUAAAUGAUUAUUUACAUUAUUUUACAAAUAUUUACAACGUUACUACAGUCAACUCUCUAUUAGACAAACUUCUAGGAAGUCUAGACAUCUCUGUUCUGCAUCACGUCAUAAAAGUUACCUUACACUACCUUCUGUUACGUCGCUUCGAGACCCAUUCUGCCUUGGAACUUUCGCGUGCGUGUUCGCUGGAAAACAAUGCAUUCUCUGUUCUUCAUUACGUCAUAAAAGUUACCUUACACUACCUUCUGUUACGUCGCUUCGAGACCCAUUCUGCCUUGGAACUUUCGCGUGCGUGUUCGCUGGAAAACAAUGCAUUCUCUGUUCUUCAUUACGUCAUAAAAGUUACCUUACACUACCUUACGUUACAUCGCUUCGAGAUUCAUUCUGCCUUGGAACUUUCGCGCACGGCUUUAUUAUGCUGCCCCCUCGCGAGGCUGCUCGUUGGCAAUAAGCAGGCUCAACUUUGUCGUAAAUGAUUAUUUACAUUAUUUUACAAAUAUUUACAACUACCGUCAACUCUCUAUAAGACAGACUUCUAGGAGGUAAGUCUAGGCAUCUGGUCAUGGUCCUUUCCUUUCUUCAGUGCUGUACUCUUACUUUCAGUAAAGCCAACAUCUCUCUUAGAUGGACACUCAUCAUCGUUAUCCUCCUCCUCCUCCUCCUCCUCCUCCUCCUCAUCAUCAGUAGCGUGGUCAUCGUCAUCACCAUCAUAA